AUGGGGCGAGUCGACCGGCGCAUAUCCGAGGAGCUAGUGAACAUCAUGCCGACGGGCAAAGAUAUCCGCGCAAAGAACGAGAGAAACGCAAAGGCGGCGCGCGAGGGAAAGACAAAGCCGCGCAAGCCAUAUCAGGAGCGUGUCCUGGCAAAGAGGAGCCCCGUCGGCACUAUCGCCCUGAGUCUCAUCUGCUUUGUCGUCAUCGGAGGCGUCGUCUUUGAACUGGCCAGGCUUUUCCUUUGAGGACUCGACAAACAGGCUUUGUUCGCUUCAUUGGCCAUCCUUUUUUCUUUUGUUCUAUUUAUUCCUCAACAGAGGCGUCCUUUUUAAUCAACGAGAAAAAGAUCUGUCUACCUCUACAAAGACAAAUUCUCUCAAAUGUUGCGCCCAACCAGUCAAGCCGACGUCGAAGCCUCCGCAGAAGGAGUAGCAGCGGGGGCGGCGUUCGUGGCAGGGAGGGGCUUGUUGGCUGGGAAGGCCAAGACCUCCUUGAUGGAGUUGGAGUCGGUCAGGAACAUGACGAGCCGGUCGAUGC